AUGGAAGAAUCAAGCAUGGCUCAAGCUUCUCUUAUUUGCCUCCUCCUAAGUUUUUCCAUCAUAAUGCUUUCUAACGCAGCCGACAUAAGCAUCGACUGUGGAUCAUCAAGUUCGCACAUUGACGCGGACAACAGAACAUGGGUGGGAGACACAGACUUUGUUGCCACCGGUUUGACUUCUAAAUUUGUACCGUUUAGCAAAUUCCCUGCUGAACUAACCACACUCCGGUAUUUUCCUACGGGAGAGACCAACUGUUACACCAACAUUCCGGUGGAAAAAGGUGGGAAAGUCUUAGUUAGGACGAGAUUCCUCUAUGGUGAUUAUGAUGAAGAAUCCACGUAUCCGACAUUCGAUGUAGUGUAUGAUGGUAAACAUCGAUAUUCGGUCGUCACAACGACAUUUGAAACCGUUACUGAAUCGGAAGCGAUAUUUAUUCCUGAAAACGGGAAUAUCAGUGUUUGCUUUUUCCGUACGCUUUCUAGCAAAACCCCUUUUGUGUCUACCAUUGAAGUACGAAGGUUGGACGACUCUAUGUACACCGAUCUUGGCCCUAAGGAAGGUUUCAUCCUCCAGCAAAGGAUCGCCUACGGUGCGCAGGAAUUAGUAAGGUUCCCAUAUGAUCCUUAUGAUAGAAUAUGGAUGCCAGCAUCGGUUUUUGCCUCACAUCUAACAAGUUCUGCCACUUCUAUCGACACAACAGGAGCUGACAAUCGACCACCAGAGAUUAUCCUUCGGACUUCUUGGUCGCAGAAGGACAUGGCUUUCUAUGAUAUAAAGCUACCUUUUUCUGGAGUGACAUUUUACAUUGUCAUUUAUUUCUCCGAACCACUAAGCCUUGGUUCUGACCAAAAGCGGUCUUUCAAUGUUUACUAUGAGGACAAGCAAGUGGGUUCAGAUCUAAUUGUGCCACCUUUCGGGGCAGUGACUCAAGCUUCUUUGAGGGAUGUGGUGAAGACUGAGCUUGCCUAUCUGACUUUUGAAGCUACACCAGACUCGACUUUGGACCCACUCAUCAACGCUCUCGAGCUCUAUGUCAUUAGUAAUAGUGGUGGAAGUGGAAACGGGACGAAUUCAACAAGCACGAGCGGUGGUGGCAGCCCUAGUCCUGGUGGUGGUAGUGGCAGCCCCCCUAGCACUGGCGGUGGUAGUGGCAGCCCCCCUAGCACAGGCGGUGGUGGUGGCAGCCCAAGCAAGGGCGGUGGUGGAGGCAAAUCCGGAGGAAGCAAUAAUGGAGAUGGAGGAACCAACAAAGCUAGUGAAGAUGAAAAAUCUGCAGAUUCUUCAGGUAAAUCAGGAGAGGAGAAAAGCAGCAGCAACUUAGCUUUACCUCUUGGAAUUUCAUUACCGACUUUGUUAAGUCUUGGAGCUGGUGGUUGGGGCGUCUGGAAAUAUUUCAUCAAACCUAGGCGCCACCCGGAAUCAGAAUGUUCUGCCACUCAAACAGAAUAUAAGUUUACAAGUGAAUAUGGGAAACGCAACAGUAGUGAAUGCUGGGCAAUGACGACGACUUACAUCUACUACAUGCGGAUCCAUCAUCACUCAUCACCCUCCAAUAUAUGUUAUUCUUUUUUUCUCCUGAUUUAUUGGUUGUUAGAUGUAAUUUAUACUAUUUCAGUCUUUUCAUCGUAUGUUUCACAUAUUUUUAUACUUAAACAAAAAUCACUAACAAUCAUGAAAUGUUUAUCUCUAUGGUUUUCUCCACCAAAGUUCGGGUAUAGAUAUUAG